UUCGACAAACAUGAUUCUGUGUAUGACUUUAUUGGCAUUCAUUGUACCCAUCGUUAUGUCGGAUGUGAUUAAAGCCGAUUGUCUGGCGUUGAGUCGCGAAGUAAAGGCUGUUGGAGGUGUGAAGAAUUACGCCUCCAUGAAGAGUGUGUCCACCGAUAAGAUCUAUAACUUAUUGAGAGACUGUUUCAUGAAUGACGACGGCUUUCGGUAUAAGAGGCAACGGAUACUGAUGUCAGGACCCGAACCCGAGACCGGAUCCGAGACACGACAACAGCGGUGGCCAAACAAUAAGCUCUUGUAUUGA